UCCAUGUAGCGUGCGUUUGUGCCGGUCAUAACGCCAGCAGAGAUGUGGUCACACUGGUCAAGUCAGUCCUCUUUCACAGGAGAAAUCCUCUCCACUUUCAUUUUAUCACUGACACAGUAGCAAAUCGAAUCCUGAGCUCUCUGUUCCAGUCCUGGAUGGUUCCAUCUGUGCAAGUCAGCUUCUACGAUGCAGAUGAACUCAAGUCCGAAGUGUCGUGGAUACCCAACAAACACUACUCAGGUAUUUACGGCUUGAUGAAGCUGACGCUAACCAAAGCUUUGCCCUCCGACCUGUCGAAGGUCAUCGUCCUGGACACAGACAUCACCUUCGCUACGGACAUCGCUGAACUCUGGGGCAUUUUUAGGAAGUUUACUGAUAAGCAGGUGAUUGGUCUGGUGGAGAAUCAGAGUGACUGGUACUUGGGCAACUUAUGGAAAAACCACAAACCGUGGCCUGCGCUGGGAAGAGGCUUCAACACAGGCGUCAUUCUUCUGUACCUGGAGAGACUGCGGCGAAUCGGUUGGGAGCAGAUGUGGAGACUGACGGCAGAGAGGGAACUUAUGAGCAUGCUCAGUACAUCACUUGCUGAUCAGGACAUAUUCAACGCCUUCAUAAAGCAGAACCCAGUCCUGGUGCACCAGCUUCCCUGCUUCUGGAACGUUCAGCUGUCUGAUCACACGCGCUCCGAGCAGUGUUACACCGAGGUGUCUGACCUCAAGGUGAUCCACUGGAACUCUCCUAAGAAGCUCCGCGUCAAAAACAAACAUGUGGAGUUCUUCAGGAACCUCUACCUGACCUUCUUGGAGUAUGAUGGAAACCUGCUGAGACGGGAACUGUUCGGCUGCCCGACGCAGGCCAGUCCAGAGAGCGUCAAGCUACAAAAGGCUCUGGAGGAGCUGGACGAGGACGAUCAGUGUUACGACUUCCGUCGAGAGCGACUGACAGUGCACCGAGUUCACCUGUAUUUCCUGCAGUAUGACUACACGCCCACUGAGGACAACACUGACAUCACUCUGGUGGCCCAGCUCUCCAUGGACAGGCUGCAGAUGCUGGAGGCCAUCUGUAAGCACUGGGAAGGCCCCAUCAGCCUAGCUCUCUACAUGUCUGACGCUGAGGCUCAGCAGUUCCUGCGUUAUGCCCAAGCCUCCGAGGUCCUCAAGAACCGCAAGAACGUGGGUUACCACAUUGUCUACAAGGAGGGCCAGUUCUACCCGGUCAACCUGGUGAGGAACGUGGCCCUGAAGAAUGCCAACACACCCUACGUGUUCCUGACUGACGUGGACUUCCUGCCAAUGUACGGUCUCUAUGAUUACCUGAGAAAGUCGGUGGUGCAGAUGGACAUGGCUCACACAAAGAAGGCUCUCGUGGUUCCAGCUUUCGAGACCCUUCGUUACCGUCUGUCCUUCCCCAAAUCCAAAGCCGAGCUGCUCUCCAUGCUGGACAUGGGGACUCUCUACACCUUCAGGUAUCAUGUGUGGCCAAAGGGUCACGCGCCUACCAACUAUGCCAAAUGGCGAACGGCCACCACGCCCUAUAAGGUGGAGUGGGAGCCAGACUUUGAGCCGUACGUUGUGGUGAGAAGAGAAUGUCCCGAGUACGACCAGCGCUUUGUGGGCUUUGGCUGGAACAAGGUGUCCCAUAUCAUGGAGCUGGAUGCACAGGAGUAUGACUUGAUGGUCCUGCCGAAUGCUUUCAUGAUCCACAUGCCCCACGCUCCCAGCUUCGACAUCUCUAAAUUUCGCUCCAGCUCCAGCUACCGCAACUGUCUGAACACCCUGAAGGAUGAGUUCCACCAGGAUCUGUCCAGGAAGUAUGGCUCUGCAGCUCUCAAGUACCUCACUGCCCAGAGAAACAUCUAGAAAGUAGACUUGUUAAGAGCAGCUCUGUCAGCCCUGCGAGCUCCGACGUGUACUGACGCUGGAGGGGCUUGGAGUGUAUCGAGUGUGGAUAUAAGCUUUACAGCCCUUUUGAGCAUCCCCGGGCUCCUGUGCAUUAAUUCUCCAGUCGACUGCAACUCGGAGUGACUGAGGACCGGACGCAGAGACGAAAACCAAAACAGGACAGCACAGCUGCGGAUUUGUAACGCGGGACUCUGACACGGCCGAAGGGGACAAUAGACGAGAGUGGAAACUGAUGGGACUAGCUUUAAGGCGAGGAAACAACAACCAUAUUCUUACAAUUUGUUCUGACAAUCAGGGCUUUUUUCAAGCAGACACACAGUGAACCAGUCGAUCUCCACGGAUAUUUGGAUAUUUGGAUAUUUGGAUAUUUGGCACCUGGGGGAAAAACUUCCGACAUUAGGAAUCAUAUUUGGGAGGCACGUCGAACUGGAGAAAGAUUUAAGCCUUAUCACUUUCCUGAUAUUUACUAAGAUAUUUAAUAUUUUCUUUUCUUUUUUUUUCUUCAGUGCAAAUCUGAACCAAUGAUAGUGAGCAUUUGCAUUUACAAUGUUUUGAUUAUGGCUUUACACAAGAAUCAGUUUUUUUUCUUUCUAUAUUUUCUGACCUCUUAUAAAGAAAUCCAUAGUGUCCUGGUCAAACGAUUUAAGUUUCUUCUGUGGGCUUCAGGGAUGUGCUGUGUGUGUGUGUGUGUGUGUGUGUGUGUGUGUGUGUGUGUGUGUGACAGAGAGAGAGCUACGGAACGAGCGAUCCAGCUGCAUCACUGGGCAUGUCUUCAACACGCUUACAGCUCGUCUUCAGUGUCACGCUUGCUUCUGUCUUGCAUGUAAAGAGUUGCACAACACGUUCUUUUCAUGUUGGAAAAAUCUACAUUUUUCUCCCAUGAUUCCUCCCUUGGAAACAGAAAAUUAUUGAUGAGAUGUGUCAUUACCAAUUGGGACCAACUCACACGACCAACACCGACACAUAAUUGUCAGUGAUGAGAUGAAGCUAUUGGCUUUGAAAUAAGAGCACGGCGACGGGCAGGAGCUUAUUUUUUUGUGCCAUUACAUUUAUAAUGUGUCUGAAUCACUGGAUUGUACGUGCCAUCUACUGUGCUGUUUUACCCACUGUGCUGCUGUUUUUGUAAAGUCCAGCUGAAAUGUUUCUGCAGCCAAAGUUCAGUUUAUUGUUAUUCCUUUACCUGCAGACUAGAAUCUGAAGGAUUUCUGUAGUUUGUUGUCAGAUUAUUUUGAUGCAGAUCGAGGUGACGUUGAAUUAUAACAGGAAAAAGAAGCUUCUGUGUCCUCUUCUCUUUGCCAAAUUGAAUAUUUUGCCAAGCUAAUUUUACAUGAGAUUUGAAGCUAUUUAAAAUGAAACAGCUGACCGGCUAACUCAGAGCACAGGAUGUGCUUGAAUUUUUACUGACAGAGAAAAGCAAAGAGUAAAAAAGUAGUGUAGUGUUCCCAACUUUGUGUCAUAGCCUGUUACAUGAUAUCAGCGAUGGGUCAAUAAACCUGGAAACCUCCGCUCUCACAGGAAUAACGUUGGUGAGGGGUGGUGCAGUUGGAGAACUACAUCCUGCACUGACAACCUUGUGAUUGCUUUAGUUAACGCGGUCCCCCAUAGUUUUUUUUUUGUUGUUGUGAAAUGCCAAGUUGCAAACGCUCCCUAACUAACCACUGAGUGAUAGUAAAACUAUCAGGAGUGCGACACAAACCCGAGAAACUUCAAAGUAAAAGUUGUAUUUUUUCAAUGAAAUGCACAACUUGUACUCUGACACCUGACGUUCUCUGUUUCAGGUCAACCAGAAACCUGAUAAUUUCACGAUUAGUUAGUGAGUGUUUGCAGACUAGUCUUCCAUAUGAACUACAGAUGACCAUGGCAAUCUUCUAGCAACCAAAGAAAUGACAGGGUAGUUUUCAGUGCAGCACUCUUUGUGAUUAAUUUCACUGAGGGACAGCAGUCACCCACCACCAAGCACUGUCCAACCAGUUGGGGAAUACUCAUUCCUCCUUAACCGAUGAGCCUGCAGGCCUGUGUGACUGGAGACGAAUUAAUGAUGUAGUGAAAUCAGAGCAUGAGGUCACUGGAUAUCAAGCGCAAUUACAGUAAACUUCCUGUCCAGCAAUAUUUGUUGUUGCAUUUGUUUGUAAGGCUUUUAACAUCCACCAAACAAAGUUACAGGUCAAAGUCUGACACAAAAGGCUUUUUUUGUUUUGUUUUAUCUGUUACUGGCACAAAAGAGUUUCGGUACGUUGAUGUCACAACUGGUAGUAGGGACU